AUUAAUGUGUAAGUCUUGUAUCGUAUUGUUUUAUUCCAGUGGAGAUCAAGAGAUAAAGGAUAUCUGAAAAGUCUAGGCUUCUUCGGUGCAAUGUGGGAGAUCUUGGAGAAAGAAAUAAAUUUCAAAUCGGAUUAUUCUAAGGCCGUGGACAAUUUUCCCGGUGCCAGACAGAAAAAUGGUUCCUGGAAUGGAGUUAUGGGCAUGAUGGUAAAAGGUGAAGCGGAGGUCUCCAAUAUACCUUUCGUGAUGACCCCAGAGAGACAAUCUGCCGUGGAUUUCACGUUACCGUUAACUGACACGAGGACCUACAUAGUAAUUAGGAAACCGAGCACGAGUGAGAUGACGAUGAACACACUUCUACAGUCGUUUUCUGUACGUCUUUGGACUGCAGUGUUCGUUACGUUCACCUUGCUAAUAAUGUUCCUAAUAUCAAUACAGCAUCUGAGGCUUCAUUACGAAUGUGUGAGCAAAGAAGACUUGAGGAUCAUGAAUUCAGUAUUUUUAAUUUUUACAAUAUUCCUCCAGCAAGGUUGCAGUGUUUUAUACAAAUCCUUGCCAUUGAGGAUGCUGAUAAUGACGUCAUCACUGACAGCACUUGCUCUACACUUGAGUUACAACGGCGCUUUCAUUUCUGACCUGGCCGUUCCCAAGGAUUGGCUACCCUUCACAACAUUCGAACAGUUCCUAAAAGAUGGAUCCUACCGCCUUGGAAUGAUGCGAAACUCUGCAGAGUCUUCAUAUUUUAAUAACUCGAAAGACCCUCUGAUGAGUGAGAUAUACGACAAAUUUGUGGCACCUUACGAAAAUUCUCUGCCAGGAGACGCGGUAGAAGCAAUUCAGCGCCUAUGUAGAAUUCGGAAUUACGCUCUUGCAACACACACAUUUGCAUUGAUGAACCUGGGAUAUAUUCCAAACUGCACCAUCACAGUCGUGCCAGAUGCUUUCUUCCCCGGGUCCAUUGCAGUAGCCCUCUCUGUAAACAGUCCUUAUAAGGAAGUCUUCAAUCAAAUGAUUCAGCGCCUGAGAAGCAGUGGACUCUUGCAGAGAACGUAUAAAAGAUUCUUGAUUGAUGUGUUCAGAAGCGCAGAUGAUGCUCAUGUAUCUAUCGACAUUCGAGUUAUAACUCCAAUAUUCUACGUCUUAGCAGUUGGGAUGAUGGUCGGAGUGGCGCUCAGUGUUCUGGAGCGUUGUCUGCACCCUGUGAUCAACCCAAAGUAGCUGCUUGUAAGCAUGACUAGUGAAAUUCACAGUUCCUCUAGCAUACUAACUGUAGCAUUACGUAGAUCAAUAAACCUAGUGGAAAGCACCGUUGAAA